AGUCAAUCUGUGAAAGGAAACCGACAGAGCCAGAGCUCGGGGAAUGCAAAGUUAUGAUGUCAGACUCCAGGGUGUCCUCUGUCAUCCAGGAGUGGGUGAGCGCAUACCCGGCUCACACCCACACCCAGACCCUGAAUCCCACCACCUCCAACCACGCAGAUUCAACCGAUCAGCUGGCUCAAAUUGACAUGAUGCCGUACAGCCAGUCUCAUGGGCUGGGGAGAGGGGGCAGUGAUGACAGAGUGGCUGAGCAGAUGAUGGGCCUGCCCUACCUGUCAUAUACGACUUCCUGUCUCAGCAACACCUCAAACAACGGGGGCACGAUCCACCACCAGAGCCACGCCAACACUCAGCAGGACUUCUCCUCCUUCCUCCUGCCGACUCUGCGUGCCCCCAUAAACAAGAGGACCAUCAGCAAGGACAGUGUGGAGUACCGCAUGCGCCGCGAAAGGAACAACAUUGCUGUGAGAAAAAGCCGGGACAAGGCCCGAAGGAGGAUCAUGCUGACUCAGCAGAGGGCCGUGCAGCUGCAGGAGGAAAACCAGAAGCUGCAGAUGAGGAUAGGGCAGCUGACGCAGGAGCUGGACACUCUCAAACACAUCCUGUCUCAGCGGCACCUCCACGGAGCUGAAGACGCCAUAGAGGGGGCAUCUGAUAUCUAGAACCCCAGCUUUAACCUUCUCUUACUUUUUAUUGUUGGCAUCAGAUUUAUUGUUUGAAUGUAAGGCUGAUAAUCUGUAGUAAUUGGAGUCAUCCAGGUCUUCAGCAGGAAGCCAUCCACACCAAGGAUCCAGAGGAAUCAAGAGACAUGGGGGCUGAGGAGCUCCCAGGGUGAUAAAAAAAAGCCCACUAAGUUGAUUAAAGCAUAAACCCUGCCUCUAACAAGGCAAAUAGUCAAUCAUAGUUUUGGGGUGGCACCUUUGUUGGACAAAUAGAUUUGAAGGGGGCCCAUACCACCCCUCUGGACACGCCCCUGUCCAGCAGGCCUCUUCUUACUCCCCUGCAUAAAGCUCUUACAUAAAACUCCUGAAAAUUUCCUAAAUUUACCUGGGGUGCUUUACAACAGAGGUGUUUUUUACUCUACCUUUACUUUGUGAUUUAUCAAUCCAGUGUAUUUCUAUGAUAUUUCUACCAUCUACUGGAUGUGUGAUGCACAGCUUCAGCCUUAAAUGCAGAUACUUUCUGUUCAAGGGAAGAGGUAUAAGUCAUCAGUUACAUUCCUGCAAUCCUGUGGAUUAAGCUUUAACAUAAGACAUCGUGUUAUAUUCAACAUCUAGUGACUGUUUAUAAUACAGAAAAAAUGUUUAAAAAAUUGGAAAUUACUUGUUUUUUCUCACAAUUUUGUUGGUUUAGAGAGGAGCCAUGACAUUAGUAUUUCCUUACUUUCUUCCACUUUCCUGCUCACAUUGAAUAAAUGAGUUAAAGGUGACAUAUUUAACCAUUUUAAGACAAGUUUAUAUUGGUAUCAGAGGUCCCCAAAACAUGUCUGUGAAGUGUGUUGAUGAA